UGUGCUCCUUGUACUGUAACUAUGCAAACACAUUACUUACAACAUUUGUAAGUCAUUUUGGGGAACUUUAUGGCAAGGAUGCCUUAGUGUAUAACGUCCAUGCAUUGGUCCACCUAUCUGCAGAUGCCCAACUGCAUGGUUGUUUGGACUCUGUCUCAGCUUUUCCAUAUGAAAAUUAUCUCCGUAAAUUGAAGAGGUUUGUACGAAAGCCAGAAUUUCCCCUUGCACAAAUUAUAAGAAGGUUAUCUGAGGUUAAAAAGAUCAGUAUUAUUGAGAUACCCUGUAGGAAUUUAAGGAUGCAACAUUAUGUUGGACCUGUUCCUGAUGGCCUUCAAGCAACAGCACAGUACAGGGAGCUGCAGACUGAGCAAUGGUCAAUGAAAGUUUCCACAGAUGUUUUUGGUUGUUGAAUUUCUGGAAACCAAGACUGUUAAUAUUAUAGCCGAGUCAUGGUUGGAGGAUGGUGUCACUUGGUGGCCAAAUUAUAGUAAUGAUGAACGCAUAAACAGAGCUGUACAAAAGUGUGAGGAACCAAGAACAGGCUGGAAACAGUAUGAUGUUCGAGGCCUCUCAAGAACUGGUGAUUAUCGAAAGGCAAGAGAGAAACUGAGGGCCUCACUGACCUGUAACACGUCUGAGUUACAAACAGACGAUGAGGAAGAAGUGAUUAGGAAAAGAAAAAUUAAGCCAAGGCACGUUUUUGGUGAUACAGACUCAGACAAUGAACUAGAAGUGGGUAAAAAGAGGAGAUGCAGCGGUAUCUCCUCUGCACCAGCACCACCUAUUCCUCCACCUACUCCUGACAUACCCUCUGAUUCAGCUUGCCAGACCUCUACUGGACCUCUGCUAAACCUGAGGCAUACUGAAUAUCCCUGUUUUACGACUGUGCCACCUGCCCCCAUUACGACACUUGGCAUGCCUUCCAGUCCUCUUCACCACUUCUCCAUUAGACAUUCUGAACACGGCCGUUACACAGCUCCAGUGCAUGCAGUUACCACCCCCAUCUCUCACAUGCCCUCAAGCUCUAUGAGCCAGGUCUCUGCUAUACCUCUUUCUGAAGAACAUCAAGACCAUUCAUUUAACCCCAGGUUUAGACUGGGGAGGACAGGCACUGGACCUAUUCCUUGCUCUGCCGCUCAACUGCACAUCCUAACAUUGUUGGAACAUAUCAAGGAACAGCAGAUGCAGCUUGCUGCUAUCGUUAAUAAUUUUGCUGCAGGUAUGGCGACAGACACUGUUGUUGCUGAAAUGCCUCCCAAUAUCAGUUUGCCACUGGCCACCAUGUCUGAAGUUGAGGAGUUGGAGGAGUGGCUUAAAGAUUCAAGAAACUCGCAUGCUAAGCAAAACAUGAUUUCUGCUCUGGGUGCUACAGGAGGACAAAACGCUAAACGAGUCACAUGGAACAUACUUUCAAGGCUUUUCUCGGAUGCAGUAGCCAAAAAAAUAAACUGGAAAGGAGUUAAUGGGAAAAAGUGCUUUAAAGAAAUGCAUACAAGAAGUUUGUUGAUCAGAGCUGUAAGGAAGAACCAGUCUUCCUCCGGUGUAGCAGAUAGUGAGGUCGAUUCUUACACCAUCCGUUGGUUUAACCUGGCGUCUGACCGUGGAGGUGGCCGGAAAGAACGUGCAAGAGCCAAAGAGGCAUCAACUGAGAUGCCUCUUGGGGAUUAAUCACUACGUUGGGAAGCAAAAUGUUUAUGUAAAACCAUUGUAAUUUUGUAUAGUUUUGUUUGUAAUAAAUUUCAAAUGUUCAAA